AAAAAAUUCAGCAAACCCUGGCCUGAACCAGUUACAUGUACCUAAAUUUCUUUCUUUCUCUUUACUUCCCCAUUUUCAUCAUACUGUUGUCCCCGCUGAACAAGAGUCAAGAGGCUUACAUCGUAUUUGUGUUCCCAAAUUCGCGAGAUGGUGGGCAUAUUCCCAGGGAACACUUAGAUUUCAAGAUCAUGUGGAUAAGCGAUGGUUGUGUGGGAUAGUACUGAUUGAAGGGAUUGGAAAUGGGGUCGAGACGCGUCCCUUGGUCAUCGACUGAGGAAUGGAUCCAUGUCUACAAUUUAUCGUUUAAUGGAGAUGCUGAGUCUAAGAAGCUGGCAUCCAAACGCAUGGCUGCCUGGAGAGCCAGAGGGACGUUGCCUGCGUCCGUUGAUGCUACAGCAACUCUUCUGGAUGCAAUUUGCUGUGAUUGCCCUACGAUGGGAGCUGUGGCUUCGAGAGACAUGCAGGCUCGCUGCACGCAUGGCAUCGCUCUCAUGCGAUUUGUCAACAUGAUCACGGAGUUUGAUCAGACAGGCAUCUACGCACAGUCAGUGCAGCGCAUAGCCUCUCGUCUGGGCGUCCCUGAGUGGAUAGUGGAUGCACGCCACAGUGUUGCACACAAUGAUCUUCCAGGGCUGGAAUUACUUCGUGGCGCGGCGCAAUUUUGCUUGGUUUGGCUGAAGGAAAAUUAUUGGGAAUUACAGCUAGGCCAAUGGACUGAGGCUGAGACAAAAGUUGCUAAUGCUGUCUGUCAGUACUCGCAAAAGGCACACGAAGUCCUUAAGAAUCAUCUCGUGAAGAAGAAGAGUGGCGUGCAAAUCAGUGGUGUGUCUGAACUAUCAAAAGUAGUCACUGAAUCACUGCUCCUCUGUUCUGAGUCUUUUGCUGUCCACAAGCUACUCGCUUCUCAGCUGCUGAAGAUUAGUGAAGUACUGCUUGAUGAUGGAAAGCAACAUGGUUACGAAUUCCCCGACCUGUCUUCUGCUCUGUGCGCAACAUCUCUGCCACGGGCUGUGUGCAUGCCGGAUUGUGUUCUAACAGCGUGCUGGCCUCUCCUGAAGUGGUGUCAGCUUGCGCAAGCAUCUUUCUUCUCCACGUUGCUUGAGGAGUUUGGACAUUGUCUUGGUACCUGUCCACCGUAUUAUCCGGAUGAAAGGGAACAUUGGUGGCGCCGACAAGUGCUCGCUGCUUCCUGGAUUCUUGGUAUUCUAUCGCAAGCAAGAAAAACGAAAUCUUCGCAGCAGCGCUUGCUCAAGGUCAAGGGUCUCGACGGAAAGCACUUGCUUCGGUUCUUUCUAUCCGAAGAUCGUGUCGGAAACCCAGAUGGCUGCGGCAUAUUCUGUGCUGACAUUAUUAGCGGCUUACUGACAGCGUGUCCGCUUGAAGAUGAACAAUCAUCCCCAGAGGCAACCAAACCCAACUCUGGCAACUUUGGUCCUCUGAGCACAAGAAUAUGUGAGCUGAGUCGAGCAGCAAGUCGCAUUAGUCAAGUUCACAUCCUGCAUCGCUUUCUGUCCUCCGACCAGGGUGAUGAUGCGUGUUGCAGCUCCGAGGGUACAAUCAAAUGGCAGUCGUGUCAGAUUGGAAUGCUACCAGACAGCAACAGCAGCAACCUACGCUUGGAUUUACCAUCAUGGUUUGAUGAUCCUGUCCCAAUCUGUGCACCGAUGGCUUCGUGUGACGCGCCUUGCCAUGCACAGAUUGCUACUGACAACAGCACCGAGAACAGUAUGGAUCUAGCUAUGGAAGAGGAGGAGAGCCUGUAGAAAGGUUUGCUAUUCACACUGUUGUACUCUGUGCGUUUAUAAUUGGUGUGUGAGACUUGCUUGAUUUUUCAAUACGGUAGUCUACCCGGACUGUAUCAGGGUGACAGUAAUUUCCACUCACUUUUUGUGCGCCGUUGAUUCGAUUCUGUCCUAGGCUGACCACAGCGUAGGAUUCCUGCUGCUAUAUUUUGGAUGCUACAUGUAUGCUUUCUAGCAGAACGUCUUAAGUUAAGAGCUGUUCUGACCUAGUGCUGCAUGCUGGGCAUGAAAAGGCGUUCUGCCUGUUGCUGCGAGUAAUUGAAGUUUGCUUACAUUGGCUUGUCUUGCGCCUUGUCUCACGUUUCGCUUUUUUUUCUACUCAGCUCCUGCCAUUACAUGAGUGCCUGAUUGUUUUGCUCUCGGCUGGCCGAGGCUUUUGAACUAUCGUAGGGCAUACAGUUCAGAGUUGAAAUGACUACUUUUUUAUUUACUUUUAACAAAGUUUAUGAACUCCAUUUUGUGUGCCAGCCAUGAGGUUUGUAUGGUUCUGCCAAUUUCAUUGCUUUUCGAGCAGAGUCUGCCAAUUUA